GCACCGACACUUGGGUGUGCACGCACUGAAGUUCACAUGGUGCAGAAAGCUCCCCGCGAGUUUCCUCAGGUGUCUUCCGUCAAGGCAGCCUGGGGGGUAGGGGGGGCUGACCUCGUCCAGAGCGCAUGCGCGGGCCAUCUGCGCUAGAGCUGCACCUGCGAAACAGGCAGCACGUGCCAACCAGGGUAUGUAAGGGCGGGAGCCAGGACACCAGGUGCCAGAGACUCUGCAGGUCACGGAGCCUAGAAAAUGAACUCCUCUUCAGAAAACAAUGCACAUUUUGAGGGCGGUAACGCCAGACCGUUUUUUUAUGUGCAUGCCGUGGGCCAGCAGACUUACCCGAGUCCUUGGUACCAGAAUCCCAGCUAUAAUCCGUUCUGUGUUCCUGGGGCAGGUUUCAGAAAUGGAAGUCUGUAUUUCCCAUAUUCAGUGAUACUCAGUGAGUCUCCUGGCUUCCUCAUCCCUCAGUCUCCGUUGCCCACUGCCCUUAACCGAAGACCUAUGUUUUGUAACACAGCACAGUUCCAGCAGUGUAGUGGCUAUGGAAAGAAAACGAAGACGAAAGAGACUCAGACUGAACCUCAUCAGGCUGAAAACAAGACUCAGAAACAAGACACCCACUCAGAAGGUGAUAUGGUGACCAGUAUCCCAACUUCUAAUAGUGACACAGAAACUGAAAACAUUCCUCAAGCAACAGAUGGGGUUUUGUCAUCUGUUGCCCAGAAGCAGCAGCUAUCUGGUGAGAGCCCUUUUCCUAACACUGUAUAUAGAGCAUCACCUCAAGUAAACUAUGCAUCUGAGAAAGGGAAAGUGGGGCUAGAACAACGCAAAGGAUCCCCUGUAACACAGUUCUGGAAGACUUUGAAGGAAACUAUCCAUUUGUAUGACCUGGCUUAUGGUAAAGCCAUGCCAGACAUCAUGGUGCAGCACGGUGGGAUUUCACAGAGUUCUCGGGAGAGUAGAAGUGUGCUUCAUAACCGUCACGAGGGUGCAGAUGGCAUUAUGUGUAAAGAUGAAGAAAGCACUCUGUGGUCGGAACAGUGUCAUGGUGUAAGACGUGAUGAGGUGGUGAAGUCAGGCUCCAUCGUGGACAUGAACUUGGGUAAAGAAAAAGGCUAUGCGGCUGUUCUCCAAUUCCUGUCCUCUCUAGAUGAAGCAAAAGACAGAGAUGAAAUCCAGGAUACUCUGAAUUCCAAUCUGUGCCAGUCUUCUGGAGAUGGCGAUAAGCUCCAGCAGGAAAGGCCAGUCUGCUCCAGCAAUAAAGCCAUUGAGGACCUCAGCCUAGAGUCCAAAAUCUGGAGUCCCAUUCACUUUGGGGAAAGCAUGCUAGACAACAGUAGUGGGGGCCGUGGCUUCCCUGUGAAAGUGGGCAAAGGUGAAGUUGUAGAGAGCAACAGCUACCCUGAGAAUUAUGUCCUCCCCUCUACCUCCCUCACCCAGUUCAGCCAUGUCGAUGAAGGCAUUCAGUGUGAUGUGAGCCAGUGGCAGGAUGCAGAGCAUGAGAAAUCUCCUGAGCCCUCAUCAGAGAGCAGAAAGGCAACAGAAGAAUUCAGAUGUGGAGAACUGGAAGAGGUGGUAGAGAGGAACAGCUGCUCAAAGUAUGUGUCUAGCUCUGCCUGUUUGGCUCAGAUGAAUAGCAGGCGGAUAGAUGAAGGGAUUCAGUGUGAUAGGAGCUGGUGGCAGGAUGCACAUCUGGAGAGAUCCCUUGAGCAAAUGCCUUCCAACGAUGAAGAGUCAUUUCCAGAUUGCAAGACUAAGGGAUCACGGAGAAGGACCAUCAGGAAUGGGAGACUGAACACAGAUGAAGAAGAAAUGACCAUGAAUGAUGAGAUUGAGGAGGAGGAUCAUGAGAACUUCAAGAAGUGUGCAAAGAUUAAAAAAACUGUGAAAGGCAGGAAGCAGAAGUCCCUGAGAAACUUCUCAAGUGGGAACACAGUCUAUUUAUUGAAGAAAAAUGGUGCCUUGAACACUGUACUUCCCAACGAUUCAGAAGACUGUGAUUUGGAAAAGGAAGCUGAAGAUGAAAUGUAUGAGAUAGAAUGCCUCUUGGAAGAAGUUAGUCCACUGGGCUGUGUGAUGUCUUCCAAAGGGAAGAUUUAUGGCGAGGUUGGCAGGAUCAUCAGGAUGCCAGCUGAGUGCUCUCUCCCUCCCCAGCUUAUUGUGUGGCGCACCAGAAAAAAGUACAGGUUAAAGCUUGAGGAAUACGAGAGCAUCCCUGUGGUGUGCAAAGUAACAGGACAGGAUGGCAGGUUCCGAGGAGAACGUACCAUGGCUGUACAGGAGGGACUGGAGUCCAAGAGAGUCUCUCCCAAGCCCUGGGAAUGAAACAAAUUGCUGUGUUCCAGCUACAUAGAAGAGCUAAAUAGUACAUCAUCAUGAUGGCCUAGAACACAGGAUUAUCCCUUGAUUUGAACUAAGAAAACAAUUAUACCAACAUAAAGAAAAUGUGACAUUAUAAAGCCUCUGGAAUUAAAAGAACUAAAACAACAA